AUGGCGACCACCGUUCUUUGGUCCAUAAAUAGGACUGCACGAGCCACCGCAAGAAAAUGUUUUCUUCCCUAUUCAAAGGGAGCUUUGCCUGUGGACUCGCAACGAGCUCUCUUCCAUAACAUAUCAGUCCAUAGCAGGUUAACCUCGCUUCCUACAGCGAGAUGGGCUCCCAAAGUUACCGGAGUUCGGUUCAUCUCCCACGGGACUGCAGGCAAAACAGCACCUGCGCGGACCACGAGAGGGGCACUGUUAUUUGCUGGAGCAGCAGCGUCAGUUGCGGGUUUUCUGGCUGGCGUUAUUCACUUUCAGCGGGCUGAAAUGGCAUCGGUGAUUCCCAAAGCCGGAGAAGAGGACAACACGGAGAUAGCGGCCAAAUGCAAGACAUUCAUGUCUCCGCCGUGUACCGACGUCAAAGUCCUGCAACAACGGAAAGGGGAGAUGAGCACAAGAAUGGAGAUGCUGAUCAUGGAGACUCAGGCGGAGUUCUGCCGGGCACUUGAGGAGGUAGACGGCGGCAAGUUCCAAGUGGACCGGUGGGAACGGAAAGAAGGUGGAGGGGGCAUCAGCUGCGUGCUGCAGGACGGAAAGGUGUUUGAGAAGGCUGGUGUCAACGUGUCCGUGGUGUUUGGGAACCUAACAGAAGAGGCUGCCAAGCAGAUGCGUAGCAGAGGAAAGGUCCUUAAAGGGAAAGAUGGCAAGCUGCCAUUCUGUGCCAUGGGUGUCAGCUCCGUCAUCCACCCCAAGAACCCACAUGUUCCCACCGUGCACUUCAACUACCGAUACUUCGAGAUCGAGGAGGAGGAUGGAACUAAACAGUGGUGGUUUGGUGGGGGCACUGAUCUGACUCCUACUUAUAUCAACGAAGAGGACGCCGCCCAGUUCCACAGCGUUCUGAAAGAGGCCUGUGACAAACAUCAUCCCCAGUACUACCCCGACUUCAAGAAGUGGUGCGACCGCUACUUCUACAUCCGCCAUCGAGACGAGACGCGGGGCGUCGGUGGCAUCUUCUUCGAUGACCUGGACUCUCCCGGUCAGGAGGAGGCUUUCGCCUUUGUGAAGAGCUGUGCCGAGACCGUGGUGCCUUGUUACCUGCCCAUCGUCUGGAAACACCUCGACGACGCCUUCAGCCCAGAGGAGAAGGACUGGCAGCAGGUGCGGAGAGGAAGGUAUGUGGAGUUUAACCUGGUCUAUGACAGAGGGGUCAAGUUUGGAUUGGCCACCCCUGGUUCCAGGAUUGAGAGUAUCCUCAUGUCCCUCCCACUCACAGCCAAGUGGGAGUACAUGCAUGAACCUCCCAAAGGCACCCGUGAGGCAGAGAUGCAGGAGGUGUUGAGGAACCCCAGGGAGUGGGUCUGACCCGGGAAGUGCCAUGUUUACAAGUUACCAUGGAGAGGCCAACUGGGCAUAGCCUCCGUAGCAAGAAGCACUAUGACCCCUGACACCGCUUUGGGUACCUUCCCACUGCAACCAGAGCAGUCAAUCCUCUUUCAUUAGCCAACUGGAUACAACCUCACCACAGAUGCUAUUAGCUUGUUUUCACUGUCAAAGACACAAUCGUAUUGCUUUCGCAGUCUUUCAUUUUAUCGCCUGUCAUAAUAUUGUCUGUCUUUAUUGCCUUUUUCUGAUCAAUCGUUUUUGUUUGGUUAAUGAAUAUUUACUCUGAUACUCGCUGUGUACCGACAGCUCAAUGUGCUUGCUCUGCUAGGAUGUGACUGUCCUGAGUCCACUGGUCUCUAAAGCAACCCAGAGUUGUUUUUAGUAGGGAUUCAAGCCACCAAACAGAAAGAGAACAUGAACAGACCUCCUGGACAUAUUUUUUACCACUGUUUUCUCCAAUUUAUUUGUGCUGAAUUUGAUCAAGGAUCUGAGGGAAAGACUUGACCACUCAGGGGGGGUGUACACUACUGAUUUAAGACCAGAAUAAAUGUUUUGUUGUA